AUGAUGCAUGGAGGGCAUUGGCUAACCACAGUCGUGUUGGCUAACCACAGUCGUGUUGGUAUCGAUUUGCUAUGUUGUCUCAAGACUGCCCUGCCCCUUGUGUUAAGAGUAAAAAGAUGUGACGAACCCUUAAAGUUCUGGGAGGAGUCUGAUCCCAAAGACAACCUCCUCUCGUGCACCAACAUGAUGAAUUUCCGUGAGUUCGUGGGAGACCCAGGCGAGGUUGGCUUCCUGGAGUUCUUCGAGAUCGGGCGGGCGCCGGAGACCGCAUCUGUUUCCAUGGCCAAUCCAUGGAAACAAGGCAAGGAAAUCCUGGCAAAUGGUUGUCCUUGGCAGUGCAGAUUUUUCUUGCCGAGUCAUCAUUUCCUGAAAAUCUCAUGGUACCACGCAGCAAGCGGAGGUCAAAACAAGUCGGGGAUUCCAGCUUGCAUUCAUUCAGCAAAAAAUCUAAACUAA